AUGACGAUUUCUUCGAUGAAUGAUCUAAUUUACGUGCGGACGAGGGCAGUUUCGAACAUUGUCAUUAAUCGAAUAUAUGCGGCUGAUGAGAACCCUUCUGGUGAGCAGGAUGGACCUCAGGCUAAAUUGGGGCAUGUCCUUCAGAGACAUGCAUUCUUUUCUAUGGAGGCCAUUGAUGAUGUUGAUGACGACGUUGUUGAAAUUUCUGCAAGGGAUUUUGCCGAGGCUAAAAAAAAUUCUAGAAGAAAUCGCCUGAGGACCAUAGAUGAUCUUAUUGAUGUGCAUUUAGACGAAGAGCAGCCUUCAAAAAAAAUUGUCUUAAGCUGUCCUAUAUGCAUGGGCCCUUUCGUCGAAGAAAUGACGACAAGGUGUGGUCAUAUUUUUUGCAAGAUUUGUAUCAAGAUUGCUAUCAAUGCUCAGGCUAAAUGUCCUAUCUGCAGAAAAAAGACGAAUGUGAAACAACUUAUAAGAGUGUUUCUCCCAACAACUGAUUGA